AUGGCCUCCAACGCUCCCAACGCUUCCAGCGCUCCCGAUUCUCUAGACCAACGCAGUAGAACUGGUGUCAAGCCAAAGAUUGAGAUUUCCAGCAAAGAGCCCGAACCCCUACAGAGUGGCACGAAACUGGUUGGUCAAUCCGGGAUCCAGUACCAGAUUGAUCGAAUGCUCCAACACAGGACGGAUCCUAUAUUAGCUUGUGUUUACCUGGCCGUUGCUAAAGAUGAAAGGAAAUACGUCCUCAAGAACAUCUUUCAUACCGAGUUUGAGUAUCAGCUCAAUAUGCAAACUCCUCUUAGAGACUGCCCUAAUCUACGAGUCGUUAUCGACACUGUUCCCGAGCACCUCCUGUUUGUCUAUAAUUACUGCACUGAUCAUCUUCUGAGAGUGGCUGAGAAAGAGAAUCUUUCUGGCGCAACAAAGAAGAGAAUAUUGCGGGGCGCAUUAGUUGGACUUGCACGUUUGCAUGAACAGAAUAUUUUACACGGCGUUUCUGUCCUUUCACAAGAUAUCAAGCCUGACAACAUUUUCGUGGACUAUGAUGAGAAACCUGACGGUGACAUCGAGGUAAAACGAGUCCAGGUUGGUGACCUUGAGAUGGGCUCUAUGAUUCCACCUGGGUUAAAUGUCCGUGGAGCCCGACUGGGCAAUCCAAUGUGGCGUAGCCCCGAGGCCCAUGCUGCCGCCCGUAUCAACCUACCCUCCGACAUAUUUUCUUUCGGUCUGGUUUGCAUCUAUACCAUGCUUCAGAAGAUUAUCUUUCGUAUUGAUAUAGAAGGAUUAAGUGAAGCGGAAAAGGAAAAACUUACUGUAAAACGACUGCUCUCUCACUUUGCAGAUCGUCCGGGACUGAUAGGUCUCUUGGAGCACCUAGAUGACUCGGUUGCUCCGUGGCGUGACCUCGUCCUGGCUGUAGUCCCGGAGUUCACAACUACUAACCCAAGAAAACCCUUCUCCAUGUGGGAAGAUGUUGACGAAUGCUUUCGAGAUGUCAUCACGAAGAUGAUGAGUCUAGAUCCUUCGAGAAGGAUCACGGCCAGGGAGGCUCUUGAGCACCCUUGGUUCCAAAACGUAUAA